AUGCCCCAUAUAAUCUCACAUCUUCGCUUAACAUUUCUAUCAACUAUGUUCGCUAAGAAUUCUUGUAUCGAUACAGAAGAUCAAGUGUUAAUUGAUCGUGAAUAUUUUCAAAAAUAUUUUGGAGAUAAAUGUCUUGAGGAAAAUGGACAAAUAAAAUUUGAAUUCUUUGCGAAUCUUUACCCUCUAAUUGAUACAUCAGAAAAGGAUCUAUCAAUUAAUGAGCAGAAUAAAUUGAUAAAUAAAUUUAUAGGAGAAUUUGAAAUUAGAUUGAAGAGAACACGUAUAAUGCUUGAUCAACAAUUUAUGGAUAAUACAUUGCGAAGUGAGAUGGAUAGAUUUAAUUCAGAAAAUAAAUUGAUAACCAAAGUUUUGAAUGAUAAAUGGAAAAUCUCCAAUUUGUAUGAGAUUUUAAAUCAGUUUUAUAUUGAAUUUGAAGGUGAUGAAAGGGCAAAUAAAAAUAAUAAUGAUGAGAAGAAGAAAAUUAUAAAAAUUGAUGAUGGAAAGUAUGAUGAUGGAGAGUUGAGGAAAUAUUUGGAUAAAAUUUAUCAUUUGGACGAUGAUGUAAAAGCUAAUAGGAAGGGCGCUAUUCAAUGGAUAGAAAAACAAGUAGAAAUGUGGCUGAAUAAACAAUGUAGUUCUGUUGGUAUUAAAUAUAAAGGUACUUUAUAA